AUGAGUGGUGAUAAAGGUAAUUCGUGCUUUGCUAAAUGGAUGAUUGAUAGUGGCACUACUGACCACAUGACAAGAGAUCCCAAGGUAUUUCAGGAAUGCCAUUUCUUUUCUAGGAAGGAGAGGGUUGAUUUAGCCGAUGGUUCUUCUAUAUUUGUAGCUGAAAAUGGGAGUCUUACACUGUUAAAUAAAUAUUUAGUUCAUAAUGUCCUUCACAUUCCUCAUCUUCCUUUGAACGUUUUGUCUAUUAGCCAGACCAUCAAGGAGGACUUGAUGAUGACCAGAAAGUUUGAGAUUGGUUUGGCUUAUGAUGGCCUGCAUUAUCUACCAUUGAAGUACAGAGAAGCUGAUGUCGCUGAACAAUAUAAGAGUGAAAAUGAACCACAUAGUACUACAGGGCAGCGUGAAGGGCAGUUUGCAGGGCAGCAUGAUCAUUUAUUUGGACAUGUUUACUCUAGGAGACACCCUAGUGAAGUUGUAAAGAGUGAAAACACCAAUCCCAAUUCUGAGAUAUCCCUGGAUGAGCCAAGUCCAAUGUGUGAGGAACAUGAUGAAGAUAUCAAAAGUGACAUGAAUGCUGAAGAGCUUCCUAUUGCUCAAAGAAAAGGGACCAGGAUUGUUGUUGAGGCUCAGGUGGAUCUAAAAUGGGUUCUUUCUAUGCAAAAGGAAACAAAAUCCCUUGACAAGAAUAGAACAUUGGAAGCUGUAGAUAUUCCUGAGGGUGCUCAUCUUGUGGGAUUGAAGUGGGUUUAUACGAGGCUUGGCUGGACACAAAAGGUUUCAGUCAAAAGUACGGCACAAACCACCUGA